AGCUUGGCCACCGGAAAAUGCGCAGUAAAAGUGUCGAUUUAUGAUUGCGUCACCGGUAACUGCAUUGGAUACACGAGGAAAGUAGGAACAAGUUUCAGUCAUCUAAUUAGAUCUUUGGUAUUGUAUUUAAAGAAUGGGAAAGCAGAAAACAAGGAAGUACGCUGCAAUGAAGAGAAUGAUCAGUUUGAAAGAUCAAAGAUUGAAAGAAAAAGACCGUGCUAAAGCAAAAGAGAAAAAGAAGGAAGAUCCUUCAGCACUUAAGGAGAGAGAAGUGCCAAAGUACCCAUCAUGCUUGUUCUUCCAGUACAAUACCCAGCUUGGUCCGCCAUACCACAUUCUGGUUGACACCAAUUUCAUCAACUUCUCCAUCAAGGCCAAAUUAGACAUUGUUCAGUCUAUGAUGGAUUGCCUGUAUGCCAAAUGUAUCCCAUAUAUCACGGAUUGUGUGAUGGCUGAGAUUGAAAAGCUUGGAAUGAAGUACAGAGUUGCACUCAGGAUAGCAAAGGAUCCAAGGUUUGAGCGCCUUCCAUGCACACACAAGGGGACAUACGCUGAUGACUGUCUAGUGCAAAGGGUAACACAGCACAAGUGUUACAUCCUGGCGACUGUGGACAGAGAUCUAAAGAGAAGGGUCAGGAAGAUCCCCGGAGUUCCCAUCAUGUACAUCUCAAACCACAGGUACAAUAUUGAAAGGAUGCCUGAUGACUAUGGUGCACCAAGAUUUUAAUAUUUCUCCACCUGAGCUGGACCUGUAAAUAGACAGAAGAUUCCUCUUUAAUAUUACUUUCCUUUUGGGUAUAUCAGUUACUGCAUAUCGGUUAUUGUUAGGCCUUGAAGUUUGAUUUGCAGAGGAUGGCUUGUGUGUUACCCUGAGAAUGAAUAAAUGAAUUGUUUUAAUGCAAAGUGA